AACAUGCGCGACUGCGGCGCCCCCUAGAAAGCAUCCGCCUCGUUUGCUCACUCUUUGCAAAUGGCCUUUUCCGGUUCACGCUCCUCGUAGGAAGACGUGAGAGUUUGUUCAAACAAGGAAUAAUCAUGGCUGAGUUUGAGGAACCAAUGGAGGAAACUCCAGCGCCGGCAAUCGCUCCGCCAGCCGAAACUCCAGAAAUUAAACUUUUUGCCAGAUGGAGUUGUGAUGAUGUCCAAGUCAGUGAUAUAUCUCUCCAUGAUUAUAUUGCUGUUAAAGAGAAGAAUGCAAAAUAUUUGCCUCACUCUGGCGGUCGGUAUGCUGCCAAGCGCUUCAGGAAAGCACAGUGCCCCAUCGUUGAGCGUCUGACCAACUCUUUGAUGAUGCACGGUCGCAACAACGGCAAGAAAUUGAUGGCAGUCAGAAUAGUGAAGCAUGCUUUUGAAAUCAUGCAUUUGCUGACUGGUGAAAAUCCUCUGCAGACUUUGGUGACGGCCAUUAUCAACUCUGGCCCUCGUGAAGAUUCCACUCGUAUUGGUCGUGCUGGUACCGUCAGACGUCAAGCCGUCGACGUGUCACCUCUGCGACGAGUUAACCAGGCUAUCUGGUUGCUCUGCACUGGUGCUCGUGAAGCUGCUUUCCGUAACAUUAAGACAAUUGCAGAGUGCUUAGCUGAUGAACUCAUCAACGCCGCCAAGGGAUCGUCAAACUCCUACGCUAUCAAGAAGAAGGAUGAACUUGAACGUGUUGCUAAGUCCAAUCGUUAAUAUAAUUUUUACAAUAAAUGUUUUAGUACAUAUUUCCUAUGGAUAUGUAUUAACUCAAUAAAAAAUAAACAUCA